AUGCCGCCGGCUUCAAAGCAGCCAAUGUCGCAAGAUGACAAGAGGGAGCUUCUACGCUUUAUGUAUCAGACCACGGCCAAGGGGAAUGGGAAAUCUUUUCAAGAUUGGCUGGCAGCCUGGCGCCAGUGCAUGAGACACUUCGAGCGGCAUGAAUCUACCGGUGAUUGGAGAUGGGUUGACCCUGCAUGGUCUUCGGAGUGGCAGCCGGCUUCUAGUGAAGCACAUGAUGUUGGCGGCCCUGGCCGGGGAAAAGGAAGCGGAGCAAAAAGUGUGGAUGGUAGCGCUGCAGCGGCCAGAGCUGCGAUGACUUUGGAGGAAGCUACUGAGUGGGCUGCAGAGUUGACUGCUACAAGUUCUCAGACUGCCAAGUGCGCUUCACCUGUUGUGGCCAAUGAUGGGAUGCCACGAUUUGUUGAGUUGCCCAAGGCCGGGCUUGGUCUUGAGCAUGUUGCACCAAGCCCAACAGCAAAAGGUGUACCUUUGCCAUCGCCCGCUGAAGCCCCUGCUGAGUGGCAAGGUGCUACUGGGCAGAUGGUUCUUUCUCCCUUUUCCAUUGAUGCUGUGAAGGGCUGGACACGUUGCAGUGCAGUUGCUUUCAUCGCUUUGGCCGUAUCCGAGAUGGAUGUCACGGACAAGGAAACCCAAGAUCUUUUGGUGCCGUUGCACAAAGUCUUGGAUAAAUCCUGGCUCCUGCCAAUGCACAUUGCCCUGGGCAUGAGCAAAGAUGAUCAAUCCUACCGCAAUUUGGCCCUCAGCUUCCGUGGUGCUGAAAGGCAAGCGCCAUCAGUCUUACAAAUGGCACUUCGCUUUUCCAAGGUCAUCGAUCGACAAGCUGCUUUGAUGAAUGGAAAUACUGAGGCCCGAUUGAAAAAGGUCGUGGGCCAGUUCAAUCAGAGCCCAGACCUUCACGUAAAGCACCAAGUGGACCAAGACAAAGAACGCACGAUCCUCAAUCUGAUCGUGGGAACCAGCAAGGAAGCACGAGAAAAGAUGAUGCACCACUUGGCAUUUGUCAAGUGGAAGGACUCUGCCUUCUCGUCUGAACAGCUCAGGACGACCAGAUGGCUUUUAGGCGCAAGGCCAAGAGGCCUUCCGGAGGCAUUGGUCCAGGUUUUGACUGUCACGCCUCUCGCCCAGUCAAUGCUGAUUGAGCUUCACAUCAAAGCGUUCCAAGAUGCCACCAGGCGACUCAAACCUUCGGCCUGGUGUCGCAAACGGGCAUCCCCGGAGGAGUUUGACAAGCUGGUCGACUAUGCAUGCAUCUUUGCAGCUUUGCGCACUGAAGCAAAGAAGGCCAACUCAGAUGCCACAGUGGACACCAAGCUCAUGCAAGCUUUCUUGGCCAAGGACUACUUCUCAGAUGUUGACGCUUUGGUGACGUCCAAAAGUCCACAAUUUCGCCUCCAGUCGCUGGCCGCAUGGGUGGAUCUGGUUGCACCCCCUGCUUUGCCUUCCUGCUUGCAGGCAGAGGCAACUGCUGAUGUUUUGGCAGCUCAGGAGCAAGCAGCUCAAAGCAAGUUCAACGAGAUCAAAAUCCGUUUGGCUGCAGAUUGUCAGAGCAUGAACAAGUACAAUCAAGAGCUCGACAAGUCAGCUGGAAAGCUUCAUGUGGCAAAGGUGCUCCAUGAGAAGACACAGCUGGAGAAGGGAAAGAAGGUGGUGGACGAGCACAUGCAAAACCAUUGUUGGGCCGGCUUGGUACCCGAGAUGGAGAUGCCAGUGGAGGUGGACACCAUUCUGAGGGCCACUGCUGCCAGGAACCAGGUUGGCGUGGAAAAAGUCAACAUCAUAGGAUGGGUCGACCUCACCAAGAAUGGAGUCCUUGGCCAAAAGGACGUGAACCGUGUGGAUCCUGAUGCAAUCAACCAGUUUUGCUCGUCGCAGCUCUGGCGCGAACAGCUCGUCCAGACCAAGUGCCGAGCGCUGGACGAGUCGGAGUUCAUCGUGCCAGCAACUGGCUUUCCAGUUUCUUCUGCCGAAGGCAGGAGGAAUUACACCGACGUGCAACCGACCAUGCUGGUCAAUGGUACCUUUUACGAUGGCUGUGUUGAGAAGGCUUGCAUCGACCUUGGGAUUGUCUCGGUUUCUCAGACCGACAAGCAGGCAGCCUUCAAUUGUGGCUUGGGGCUGUUGAAGUCGCACCUCAUCGAGAUGUGGAAGUCCCGGGAAGGCGUGAUGGCCCAGAAGACACCCAAGUACCAGCCGGAGCUUCCAGCAUCUGAAAUUGAAGGGCCUCCUGCCCAACCGGAGUUGCAGAUUUGCAGCUUCGUUGACAAUUGCCUGGUUCUGCCCAGAGAUAUCCGGACGGAGUUUCUUGCCGAUCCUGUGCGUGGACCGGAGUGGCGGAAGAUGGUCCAGGAAUUUGAUAGAUGCUUUGCUUCGAGUGUACCAAGAGAUUCCAACCCGGUGGAGUCAGAGGCAGCAACUGCAGCUGUAGCUGAUGGGCAGGCCUUUGAUUGGAUCUCACUCUUUCCCUCUGAGCCGCGGGAUGCUGCCAAAUGGCAUGAGAAGUAUGACGGGCAGGUGAAAGCCAAAUGCCAAUGGUGUCCGCAGUUGACUGCAUAUUUGGUGGACACCAAUGAUGCCGCUGAGGGUGAGCCUGUCAAGUUCAAACUCUUUGUGGAGGCGUCUGAAGAGUACAACUGCCCUGUGACCGAGCCGUUCCUGGCAUAUGGGGCAGGGACAUGGAUCCUGGACGCCAAGGCUGAGAGCUACAUCGAGGAGAAUCCCAACGGAUACAAAGCAGUGCUGUGCGAGUUCACCAGUGACGCUGCAGCUGUCGUGCUGGAGGAGAAUGGCUCUGAUGGCCCAAUCAAGUCCCUCAAAGAGGUGAUCCAGCAGUGUGAGGCGUCUGGCAUGGUUGAUUUUCAGCUUGCUGGCCAUGUCUUCUCACGGCCACCGGCUGUGGUGCAAGGCGUUUCUGUGGACCAGUGCCUGGGCACUCAACCAUUGCAUGUGCUUUUGUGGCUGAAGUUGCAUGUGUUUGCGCAUUCCUGUUGGAUGCUGUUUGCAUUUUCAAAUUAG